UAAUUAGAAUAUAUGUUAUAAGCUGUAAGAAUAGUAAUAGAAAUGAAUGUUGAAGGAAGAAGAGGUAGAGGAAGAUCAAAAAAGAGAUGGAAGGAUGUAAUUGAAUGCGAUAUGAGGACGGCUGAUGUGAGCAUAGAUGAUGUAGGUGAUGGUGUUAAGUGGAAGUUUAGGAUAAGAGUGGCCGACCCCAAGUAGUUGGGAGUACUUAGAAUGUUAGAACAUUAACUGGUAGAAGUAGAGAAUUAGUAGAAGUAUUGAAAAGGAGAGAAAUCGAGGAAAUAGGUGUGGGUUAUAAAAUAAUAUACUCAGAAAAGUCUAGUACAAAGAAUGGUGUAGGAAUAAUAAUGGACGAGGAAAUGAAAAGUAAAGUAGUAAAAGUAGCUAGGAAAAGUGACAGAAUUAUAGUCAUAAAAUUGAUAUUCGAGGAAAAGAUGCUGAAUGUAAUAAGUGCCUAUAUGCACCACAAGUAGGAUGUGAUGAAAUAGACAAAGAAAUGUUUUAGAGAGAGAUCGAUGAUGGUGAUGCAAGAGGUACCUGACAAUGAGGAUGCGGUGAUAGUUGGAGAUAUGAAUGGACAUUUAGGUAAUGAGAGGAGAGGAUAUGGUUUAGAGUUAUAUACAUAUAUAUGAAAAAGUUAAUAGAUCUAUAGUGAGUUAAAUAUUUUUGUCAAAAAUAUAUAAAUGACAAAUUAAAAAUAAAAAAGACUAAUGGGAAGACUGCCUAAGAUGAGAGGACCAAAUAAAAAAAGAUGUUGAAGCUUUAGUAGGAGUUAUAGACUAGAGAUUAGGAAUUCAUCAAUUAGGGAAAGUUCUUAGUAUAAUCCUAAGGGUCGAAUUAUGUAAGGAGAAAAAGAAUAUAGAUCAUAACUUCGAUUAAAAAAAUUACCUUGAACUAACAGAACUCGGGCAUGUUUUAGAAAAAACACAUGCAUUUUUUGAAGAGAGUUUUUCUUUUCAACAGCAAGAUGGCACUAAUGCAUCAGGCACGGAUUCAAUGACUAAGGCUCUAAUCAGCGAUGAGGCUCUUAAUAAUCAGUCUCAAGUCACUCGGGGCCGUCUCGGAUUUGUUGCUGGAGUCGUGCCCCGAGAACGUGUACCAGGAUUUGAGCGUAUGUUAUGGCGUAUUAGUCGAGGCAAUGUAUUUCUACGUAGAGCUGAACUUGAAGAGUCUCUAGAAGACCCUGCUACGGGUAACGAAAUUUUCAAAACUGUGUUUGUAGCUUUUUUUCAAGGAGAACAACUUAAAUCACGUGUUAAAAAAGUUUGUUCAGGAUUUCAUGCUUCAUUUUAUAAUUGCCCUAGUGCCCAUUCCGAGAGACAGGAAAUGUUAAAAGGUGUUAAAACACGAUUAGAAGACUUGAACAUGGUACUAAAUCAAACUAGGGAUCAUAGGCAACGUGUUCUAACCACUGUUGCGAAAGAAUUGCACAAUUGGGGUGUGAUGGUUCGUAAGAUGAAAGCCAUUUAUCAUACUCUUAAUCUCUUUAACAUGGAUGUCACCAAAAAAUGUCUAAUCGGUGAAUGUUGGAUACCAAUCAAAGAUUUACAGUUCAUCAGACAAACUUUGGCGGAAGGCAGUAAAGCUGUUGGGAGCUCAAUACCUUCAUUUUUGAAUAUAAUCAAUACAAACGAAAAGCCUCCCACAUUUAAUCGUACUAAUCGUUUCACUCAGGGCUUCCAAAAUUUGGUUGAUUCUUAUGGCAUUGCUGGUUACAGAGAAGUUAAUCCUGCCUUAUAUACUAUUAUUACAUUUCCAUUUCUAUUUGGGAUUAUGUUUGGCGAUGCAGGACACGGAAUUAUAUUAAGUGCAUUUGGUGCAUAUAUGGUCUUGUAUGAACAACAAUUGUCUAAAACAAAGUCUUCAAAUGAGAUAUGGAAUAUAUUUUUUGGUGGUCGCUACAUAAUUCUGCUCAUGGGAUUAUUUUCUAUCUACACAGGGAUUAUUUACAAUGACAUUUUUUCUAAAUCAAUGAAUAUCUUUGGUUCUAGUUGGACCAUAAAUACAGAUAGUAUAACUGUUUUGAAUAAUAAGUCAUUAAUAUUAAAUCCUUCCACAAAUUUUACUCAAAUACCUUAUCCAUUGGGACUUGAUCCAGUUUGGCAGGUCGCUGUGAAUAAAAUUAUAUUUCUGAACUCCUACAAAAUGAAACUGUCUAUCAUAUUUGGAGUUGUUCACAUGAUGUUUGGUGUAAUUUUAAGUGUUGUCAACCAUGUGCACUUCAAUAAAAAACAUAACAUUUUACUACAAUUUAUUCCACAAAUGCUGUUUUUGGUUUUACUAUUUUUUUAUAUGGUAUCUCUGAUGUUCAUGAAAUGGAUUUUGUAUGGUCCUCAAAAUCCUCAAAAAACUGGCCCUGGGUGUGCACCAUCAGUUCUUAUAAUGUUUAUAAAUAUGAUGUUGUUUAAACAUACUACACCAUUCGAAGGGUGUGAUGAAUACAUGUUUGAAGGACAAGAGAGAUUGCAAAAAUGUUUUGUUGUUAUUGCUUUGUUAUGUAUUCCAGUGAUGUUAUUAGGCAAACCUUUAUACAUUAUUUUAUAUGAAAGGCGUAGUAAAAAUUGUGAGUCUGAAAGCUCUAGGGACAUAAAUGGUAGUAUUGAAUUAAAAGAAACUGAAGUGAGUAACAUGAUUAGUAGUCCAGCAAAUCAUGAAGAAGAGGAACCUGCCUCUGAAUUAUUUAUUCAUCAAUCCAUUGAAACUAUAGAAUAUGUUCUUAGCACGGUUUCACAUACAGCUUCUUACUUAAGACUGUGGGCCUUGUCUUUGGCACAUGCACAACUAUCUGAAGUACUUUGGAGUAUGGUAUUACGAUUAGGUCUGGAUAGUGAAACACAUUGGGGUGCUAUUAAACUGUAUGUAUUUUUUGGUGUGUGGUCACUCUUUACUCUUGCUAUACUUGUUAUGAUGGAGGGUCUCUCAGCUUUUUUACAUACUCUUCGUUUGCACUGGGUGGAAUUUAUGAGCAAGUUUUAUGUAGGAAAUGGGUAUGCAUUCCAACCUUUUUGGUUCAAAAAUGUGCUUGAAAAUGAAGAAACAAUAGAGGAAUGAAAACCUUUUUACCUUUUUUUUUCAAUCCAAGUUAAAAAUAUUACCAUGUAGCUAAUAUAUAAAAUUGAUUUCUUUACUAUAAUUAUUUAUUAGUAAUACUAAAUUUUAAACCAUAAUUUUGUUAUUGUUAUAUUAUAAUAUGUAUAUUAUUGUUAAAAACUUUUAAUUAUUCUUGUAUGAUUUUUCUUUGCACUGCCACAUAAAUAACAUAAUGAUAAAAAAAUUCUUGAAUGGAAGUAGAGCUAGAAUAUUUGAUUUAUGCUUUGGUAACAAUAUUGUACCUAUUUAAUUUAAUUUAAGGAUUAAGUGGCAUAAGCACAAUUAGAAAGGCUGAAGAGUCUAAUCUUCUUUAAAAAAAUUCUAAAAUAGUUCCCCCAUAAUUUAUUUUAUAACAAUCUAUGAAAAAUUUUAAGAUUUUUUUUCAUAAACAUAUUUCAUAUUUGUCAAUUUUAUAUUUAUAACACAUAAUAUUAUAUUUUUACGAAUUAUGGCCCUAGACAGUGAUUAGUUAUUUUUUAUUAAAUAAAAAAAAUACUGUUAUAUAAAUUUUAUACUACAGUAAACCCUUUUUUUUUUCUGUCUAAAAGUUUGAUAUAUACUAUUUCUUUUCCUUAAUUUUUAGAAAAUAAUAACAACCAUAUAAUGAGAUUAUAAGACAUAUUACAUCUAUGUAAUUUUUUUUUAGAUACUUAUACAGGGUUAAGACCUAUUAGAUGUUAUAAUGGUGUGGUAGCCAUUUUUUAUGUUAUAUCAACAAACAUCACAAUAUAGCUAAAUAUUUACAUUUUCCAUUUAAAUUAAUUUUUUGUACUCUGAUAACCAAAUAAUUUAUUUAUAUGAUUUAAAUUUAACAUUAAUAUUGUGGUGUAGAACAUUUACAAAUUAAAGUGACAAUCAUAAAUGAUUUUAUAAACUUACUUUUUAAUCAGUGCCUUAUAAAAUUCUGUAA